UAUUGCUCCUGGGUCUCAGAGGAGGCACGUGUGUGGCAUUGCUCACAUUUUUGGAGCUCCCAAGGAAAAUACAGCACAUUUGGAGGCAUGUCUGAAUAGCUGUACUUGUUUGUUUGCUGGUUUUAUUUCCUUCAAGAAAAUGAGCUACAACCUUUUUCUCCUGGCUUUUGUCCUGGGCAUGACUGGAACCUUCCACUAUGGAUUGCAGGUCUCCAUUAUCAAUUCUCCUGCUGAGUACAUCCAGAGUUUCAUCCAUGAGACCUGGCUGAAGAGAUAUGGCUCCUCUCCCAGUGCAGAGAUGGUGACUUUGAUGUGGUCCCUCAUUGUGUCCAUCUACAGCAUUGGGGGGCUCCUGGGCUCCUCCUGUGCUGGGUUCCUGUGUGUUCGGUUUGGAAGGAAGAAGGCCAUGCUGCUCUCCAACAUCCCUGCUCUGCUGGGUGCAGCUCUGAUGGGACUCAGCCGGCUCUGUGGAUCUUUUGAGAUGAUCAUUGCUGGAAGGUUGUUUUCUGGAGUCUGUGGAGGUUUAACUCAGAAUGUCCAUAUCAUGUACGCUGGGGAAUGUGCCCCAAGGAAGCUCCGCGGGCUGAUUGCCAUAACAGCUUCCACCUUCUCUGCUCUUGGAAAAUUUGUAGGAUUUGCUCUGGGUCUCAGAGAAGUUCUUGGAGUGGAGGCUCUCUGGCCCGUUCUGCUGGCAGCCAAUGCAGUCCCUGUCCUCGUUCAGCUUCUCACCCUCCCCUUCUUCCCAGACUCUCCCCGCUACCUGCUCAUUGACCUAAAGGACAAGGAGGCAUGCAUCAAAGCUGUGAAGCAGCUCUGGGGGGACGGGGACCACAUGGCUGAGAUCAAUGACAUGAUGUCAGAGCAGAGAGCCAUCGGUGGUGAGAAGGCCAAGAGCGUGUGGGACCUGCUGCGGGACAGAGCCGUGCGCUGGCAGCUCAUCACCCUGCUCCUCGUGGUGUCCUGCAUCCAGCUGCUCGGGGCCAACGUGGUUUACUCUUAUGCAUACAGCAUCUUUACAAAGGCUGGAAUCCCCCCUGCUCAAACCCAUUAUGUCUCCCUGGGGAUUGGGACCACUGAGAUCCUCUCCACAGUUCUGUGUGGCUUCCUCAUCGAGCGUGCAGGGAGGAAGACUCUGCUGUGGAAGAACUAUGCUGUGAUGGCCUUGGCUCUAGGGCUGCUCACAGUCACACUCUCACUGCAGGACUCCUUUUUCUGGGUACCAUACUGCUCUGUUGCACUUGUCUUUAUUUUCAUCAUGAGCUUUGGCAUUGGGCCAGGUGGAGUCGUAUGCCCCUUGAUCACAGAAAUAUUUAUUCAGUCAUACAGACCAGCUGCUUAUGUAUUUAAUGGUGUUGUAAACUGGAUCCAGCUCUUCAUCCUUGGGCUUGUGUUCCCUUUCCUUGUGGUUCAAUACCGGAGGCUGUUGCUGAUGCUUGUGGUGCUGGGGAUUGGUGGAACUCACCUGUCUGGCUUCCAAAUGUCUGUCAUCAAUUACACUUCUCCGUACAUUCAGAAGUUUAUCAAUGAAACGUGGCUGGAGCGCUAUGGUUCUGUGCUGCCCCAGGAGAGGCUGAUGCUGCUGUGGUCCCUCAUCGUGUCUGUGUACUGCAUGGGGGGCAUGAUAGGCUGCCUGUGCAGUGGCUGCCUGACUGCAGCUUUUGGGAAGAAGAAAAGUCUGCUCUUCAACGACGUGGUGCUGAUAACAGCAGCGCUGCUCACUGCCUCCAGCAGGAGAGCCAAGGCCUUUGAGAUGAUCCUGGCUGGGCGUUUCCUCGAGGGCAUCGCUGCCGGAAUACACAUGAAUGCCCAUGUUCAGUAUGCUGGAGAGAUCUCCCCUAAGAAGCUGCGUGGGUUUAUAAACGUGACCUCCACGGUGUUUCUCGCACUAGGAAAAACUGUAGCACGAAUUCUUGGAUUAAGAGAACUUUUAGGGACUGAAGACAUGUGGAACCUGCUCUUGUCCUUCUCUGGGCUGGUGGCAUUGAUUCAGCUGAUCUUUUUGCCAUUCUUCCCUGAGUCCCCACCCUAUCUCUUGCUGCAAAAAGAAGACAAAGCUGGUUGCUUAAAAGCCAUGAAGCAACUCUGGGGAGAAGGGAAUUAUCAAGCAGAAUUUGAUGACUUGAUGAAGGAAAAGGCCAUAACAAAGGGCACCAAAAUCAUGAAUGUCCUGGAGGUGCUGAGAGAAGGAUCUGUGCGCCCACAGCUGUGCACCAUGCUCCUCCUUCUGCUGAGCCUGCAGCUCUGUGGCCUCAGUGCAAUCACCUUUUACACCUCAGAAAUUUUUGAAACAGCCAACCUGCACGAAAGCAUAAUCCCAUAUGUAUCUCUAGGAGUUUCAAUCUCUGAACUCAUCUCUAUCAUAUUCUGUAGCUCCAUCAUCGAUCGCUGUGGGCGCCGCCUGCUCCUGUGUGGGGGUUAUUUGCUGAUGGCUCUGAUCCUGGUGCUGCUUGAAACCAGCCUUCUGCUGAGUGAUCAGUUCCUCUGGCUGAGGUACUGCAGCGUCAUUCUCAUCUUUCUGUUCAUCAUUGCUUAUGGACUGGGACCAGCUGGAGCUGUUGUGGCUGUCAUGAAUGAAAUCUUCACCCUGUCAACAAGGGCCUCUGCUUUUGUAAUUGGUGGAAUCAUCAUUUGGCUGGGCCUCACCUUCACUGGGAUGGUUUUCCCCUUUGCUGUAAUGCUUCUUGGUCCUUUUUGCUUCCUCAUCUUUGUUGCUGUCCUGGUCAUUUCAGUGGUUCUUAUCUACCUGUUCCUCCCAGAAACAAAAGGGAAGUCAACCUCUGAAAUCACAGAGAAAUUCAAAAGCUGCAGGUUUAAGAGGAAACAUCAUCAGUCUGUGGAGAUGUAUGCUGCUGAAGAAAAGACAUUUUGCACCAGGCUCUGAUAAACCACCAAAAGUAAUUUCCACUGUUCUGGCAUAACACAAUUGUAUUUCAAGUUUUUCUCCAUUGCUGUCACUUUA